GAAAUCGCAAGUCGUACGAUUUUAGCAGUUUUUAAGACAUUUUUGUUCAAAUUUGUAGCUUUUUAAAAGAGUUUCUUUUCUCAUAUCAGUUAUGAGCGACAGAGGAGACAGAUCAGGCUCGGAUGAUCGGAAAUCCCCAGAUAGGAAUGGCCGAAAAGAUAGGUCAGCCUCUAAAUCCAGAUCACAUUCGCCAAGAGCACGUUCAUUCAGCAAGUCCAGAUCUCGUUCAAGGUCUCGUUCGUACAGCCAUUCCAAAUCACGUUCUCGUUCACCACGAAGAUCUAGAUCUGGAUCCAGGCAUCGUCAUUCCCGAUCAAGAAAAUAUUCCCGAUCAAGAUCUAGAAGUCCUUACUACAAAAGAAGAUCUUCCCCGUAUCAAAGACGCAGAAGACAUUAUGGCAGUAGGGAAGACCCACCAAAGUCCAACUGCCUUGGAAUAUUUGGGUUGAGUCUGUACACAACAGAAAGAGACUUGAAGGAUUUUCUUGAGAAAUAUGGCACUCUAGACUCGUGUCAACUUGUCUAUGAUCAUCAGUCGGGGCGAUCAAGAGGAUUUGCAUUUGCAUACUUCCCUGAUCCUGAUGAAGCAGAGAAAGUAAAAGAAGAAACAAGUGGUCUUGAAUUGGAUGGUCGCCGUAUUCGGGUUGAUUAUUCAAUAACACAGAGAGCUCACACCCCAACCCCAGGAGUGUAUAUGGGAAAGCCUUCUCAAUUUCGUAAUCGUCGCGAUGAUCACGGAGGACGCGGAAGAAGCAGAGAAAAAGAUUAUGUUCGAAGUGAUCGCUAUGACAGGGACUACAGCCGAUCUCGUUCUAGAUCUCCACGUCGAUAUUGAGAACUCUUUCCUGUUUAUGAGAACUAAUUCAAUCAAUCAGAUUUUAAUCUCACCAGGACUGACAUAAUGGUAAAGACUUUUUGCCUCACUGUACCAUAAACAGAUAUACUGUAUAAUACGAAACUUUUUUUGUUCUCUCCGAUUUUUGCUACUUCUACCACGCGAUGACAUUGCUUUAUGUUCUACAAAGUCUAGUUAAUUGUUUGUGAAUUUUUUAAGUGUAGUAUAUUUAAUAUCUUGCUAGCCUUAACAUCAUCAUAGUUGGACACGUAUGUAUCAUAUAACGUUAUAUACUUGUUUCAAAAUGCAUUGCAAGAAUAGUCUCUCCAUAUAAAUAGAUUUACAUUGAUCCGUAAAGGUAAGGUUGUUAAGCAAACCUUCGAUCAUGUAGUUCUAUUUAUGUUGCAAAAGUUAGGAAACUUUGUAGUUAAAUGGAGGAGGUCUGAUUUGAUAAUCUGCUCUUCGGUUGUCUCUUCAGUCUGAUGUAAAUAACCCCUAAAUUAAGACAGAUGGCAGGUAUAUAUUGUCAGCUUGGGUGACUUGCUUAUAGCAUUGAUUUUGGUACCUCCGAAACCAUUGAAUACAUUUAAUACACAUUCACAGCAUUGAUUGGAAACGAUGUAAAUUUCGUUUGUAAUGGGUUUCAUACGCACCCUGUUUUAUAAACUAUAUUGUCUUUGCCGUCGUGUUCGCUAUCGUUGAGUCAAAGAACGUAUCCAUAUUCCCAUGAGUCAGUUUC